GUUUAUUCGAAUAGUUAUUUGGCAUAAGUGACAACUUCAAAAAUUGGGAACGUUUAAAAUAAAAUAUUGUAAGAAAAAAAACAACAAAAACCUGAUGAAAAAGUAUUUUAACUGAGAAAAAAAUGAGCAUAUUUAUGUGUAUAAACACAUACAAUACAUUUUUUCUGAAAAGGCGAGAAAUAUUAACAAUUUCUAAAGUACACGUAAAAGAUACCAUUCACAUUAUUUAACGUUAGGAUUUCGGGAACAAACAAGAAAUCAACCAACUAUUUAGUCAAUGCUUCCUCAUACAAAACAAGUGGACUAAAAUGUGUCCCCUGUAGCAGUGAGUAAAGCUUUAAGUUACAAGAUAUUCACAGAACGUUCUAUUUUUCAUCGAAUAUGCUGGAGUAAUCAACAAAUUUAUGAAGGAAUAAUCUGAGUUUACUUCGUUCAAAGAAUAUGAAAAUAUCUUCAAACUAUGAUUUAUGUUUGUGCAUUGGUUUACUUUCAUGUAUAUAUAUGGUGAAUAUAAAAACAAGUGAUGCAUUUAUUCAGAUAUUCGAUCUACCAAAAUUUAUUAUGGAACCGCCAAAUGUAAUAUACUAUGCACCUAGUCAACUAUCUAUCUCACAAUUCAUUCCUAAAUUUCAUGUGUAUACCAUAGUUUCACCCCGUAAUGUAACUAUCCAGCUAGGUGCUGUGCACAAGGACAAAUCGAAUAUGAUUAUUUAUUUACCGACGGUACAUGAAUAUUCAACAGAAUCUUAUUCACUUGCAUUUGCUCAAACUCAUGCUAAAAUUAACUCAGUGCCAUUAACUGAAAAUUUAGUUCAUUUAAACAGUAUGAUUCCUCAUAUCAGUAGUAACAGUAAUAAUGUCAAACAGAAUAUAAAUCUGUGGUCAAUUUUUGUAUAUAACUUUUUACCUGAUAUGAAGCUAAUAAUUUUAGCAUCAACAAAAUUUGGCACAGUCUCUAGCAGUUUGAUCAGUGUGGAAACAUUUGAUCUUCCGGCGUUUCCGCCUCAAUCUGAUCAAUAUUUAUCACUACUAAUUGGUAAUACAGGAAGAGUCAUUUGUCACUUACCACACUCUCGACCAUCUCUACCGACUGCAUAUUUCUAUCAUAAUGAUGUAGUACUGGACCUGACCCAGACUGAUAGGUACAGCCUUAUUUAUGUCGGUGGUGAUGAUUCUGGUUUGCCAUGGGAUAUACGCUCACAGAAACCCCAUUUUGUAUAUGAACAAUUCAGAAAGACAGAUAAACCAGGAGCUGUAGUUCUGCUUAUUCAUUCCCUUCAGCUCUCCGAUGCAGGAAUAUAUUACUGUUCUACAAAGUUGUUCGAUAAAACAAUCGUAUCAAACCAGAGGACUCAUCUAGUUGUAACAAAACCAAACAAAAAAAUAUGGACACAUUUGAGAUUUUCGACUGAUGAUUCCGAUCUAUCACAUUUUUACACUGUCGAUAGUACUUCACAUUCACCGAUGACUUCUAAAGAUGAAAAUUCUUUACUAACAGUGAAAACAAUUACAAUAAAUGAAAAUGCCAAUUUGACUUUAUUUUGUAUAUUUGAAAGUGCUCCAGUUGUUUCAACACGCUGGUAUUUUAAUGGAUUCAUUGAUAAUAUUGAAAUUAACCGAAAAUUUGGUACAUUAAUUAUCAAGUAUGUCAGACAAGAGAACGAAGGCAUUUACACUUGCUCGGUGGACAACUCCGAUUCCAAACUUAUUGGAAAAUCUUUUAGAAUUGUUGUUACAAAAUCACAAAUCCGCAGUUCCCUAGAUCCUGAAGUGAUCACCGCCAAAAGUGGUCGGCAAGUAACACUAAGCUGUGUAAAUUUUGUGCCAAAGGAAAAUGAUACUUCAAAUCACAUGAUACCUGAUGCGAAAUCGCCUUCUCCUGCUGAGUGGGAAAAAUGGAAUUACGAUACAGCCAUCAAAAAGCCCAACCAUGACACUGAUAUUCAGCAUGAAAACAGCAAAUUCAGAAAUUCACCUCACAUAAACAGUUGGAUCCAUAAUGGACAGUUUAUCUCAAUGAGCAGCUCCAAAAACUAUCACUUGCAAGAUGGAUUACUGAAAAUAUUGAACACCUCGCAUUCAGAUACUGGAAUCUAUCAGUACGUUAGUAUCAAUCGACGAACGAGUAGUACUGACAUCAGUAGUACAGAAAAUGAAUUUCAAUACAAAUUAGUCAACUGUAAAUAUUUUGUUCAAUUGGACACUGAAAACAUUGUACAUACUGAAAUCAAUGAUCAAUUCAGAACAAUUUUUGAACAUACAUCUGAAGGAUUAACUGGACACUUGAACUGUAAUUUAUCAUCGUUGCUCCAAACAAGAGAUUAUCACAGUGCUAAUGGGCUUAAUCAGUACCAGUGGUCGAUUUUAUGGUAUCGAAGUGCAACAUCUACGGAACCCUUAAAUAUAGAGUCGAUUAACAAAGCAUCUGGUGGUAUUAAAUAUAUAAUCAGCAAUGUGAACGAAUUCACCCAAAUUCUUAGUAUUGUGAACCCCAAAAAGAUUACCGAUGACGGUCAGUACAUUUGUAGAGUUUACAAUACAACAACUGGCAAACUUCUAGGUGAAAGACGAUUUCAACUUAUUAUUCAAUCAAUUAACGACGAAGGAAAACCUACCAAUAUACCAAGUCAUGGUCCAAGUGUUUCCCAAAAAAUAUUUCCACCUCCAUUAAAUGUUCAAAGUAAACAUGAAUCUUCUUUUGGGAGGCAAAAGAAUGAAAUCUCUGUAAAGCAUGAAAGUCCUAAUGAGGUAUCUCAGGUCAAAGUAUCAAGGCCGACUGUCAAGCGUUUGGCAAACUUUACAAUGGCAAUUCACAUCAAAUGGGCCGUCCAUAAUAGUCCGAUCAGUGGGAUGCAUUAUCAGUUAGGUCUAAAACAUCUAGGAAGAGACCGUAAAGCUAGAUCGAUAGCAGGAUAUCUGUAUCAGCAUAAAAUUUCAAAAAAAUUGUCUAAUCAAGAAGAAUUUGCAGUUCUUCCAAAUAUUUAUGAAAAUACAAGUAUUAUACUUGAUUCACCUGAUCUAUUCUAUCCACAAAACUCUUAUUCUUUACGUGUUCUUGUAUUAGAACAUCAACUCUGGAGCCCGUGGACAGAACCAGUGCAUUUUGAUAAUAUGCUUGAUACUACUGUACAAAUCAUAUCUCUCACAGCUAACAAUGCAUCCUGUCUUUAUGUUGAAUGGAUAUACAUUCAGCCGAGAAAUAAUUCUAUUCCACUUGGUAUAACAAACUCAAAGGAUCUAAAUUUCGUUAUAAUCUAUAGAAAUUUAUCUGGAAGUCCAGAAGAUAGGAAGUCAUUAUUAGAAUUAUGGACAGAGUCCAGGGUAAAUGAUGAAAAGCAGUUUCCAAUCGGUUUGUCAACUGUUACUAGAUUUGUUGAUAUACGAACAGUUCAAAUAACUGGAGACACCUCUCUGACAGGACAUUCAAUUGACAGACUAUCUCCAAACACAACGUAUGCAGUAUCAGUCUACAUUGAGGAAAAGAGAUUUUACCAGCAUCAAAGCAAAACAUACUACACCCGUCUCAGUAAUGAAGCUGUACAGAAAACCUUACCUCUAACCAUUGGAAGAAAUUUAACUGCUGAAAAUUUUACUCAAGAGGAAGCUAGUAAGGCGGAAGAUAUGUCAUCUCAGACUUCAUCAGACCUCAGGUCUAAAAUGAGUAGGCAAUAUGGCGGGAAAAAUGAUCCAAGCGGUAAAUUAUUCAAAAUUUAUCAGCAUGAAAGUUAUGUGUUAAUUGUGAUCCUUGGAUCACUAGCAGGCGUUUUACUCAUCAUAUUCAUUGCACUGAUCACAUUUUGUAUAUGGUAUCGACUACGCCUGAAAUCACAAUAUCCUACAAGUUACUUUGGUGCCUUAAGUGAUUCAGAGCUCACUGGAACUCCAAAACAGAGAACAGCCACUGAAUGGGAGAACUUUCAGUCUCAGCCAGUUCUAACAGGUGACAAUCAUCAGACAUUUCCACGUGCUGCAGGAAACUUUCACCUCCAGUCAUUAGAUGGCCAACAGAAGCAGUCUGCAGAAUUGAACAAUUUCGCAACACUGCAACAUUCAGCUCAUUGGUUACAGCAGCCUAAAAUACCUUAUGAAGGACAAUACAGAAAAUCUAUGCUUCUUGAUAGUGCAAUGAAAUCUUAUUGGAUGACACAUAAUUAUAAUGAGGCGAGAGUUGCAUUUAUGAGGACUCAGAAUCUAGAAAAUGUUGCGAAUAAUUCUGCUUUGCCACCUCUUUCUAAAGAUCUUUUCCUACAAAACGUAAAUAUAAAUAAAAAUAAUGAAUGCACUACUGGCAACGGAGCUACUGAUCACAUUGGCAGUUUGGAAGGGAUAUUUCAAGAAGCGUCCGUAAAUGAACAGUUCAAUCACAUGGCAAAAAUGUUAAAUACAGAAGUUCAACCAAUAAAUGAUCAGUCUUCAUCUAUCUAUUCACAUAUUGGUUCCGAUUCAACUGUCAAUGAUUUAUCUCAGUUCCAGUUGGAUAGAUUUAAUUCUGUGCUACCAACUACAACACUAUGUGAUUACUUUGGAUUUGGGACUAACAUUUUAUCUAUGCAGAAUGAUAAUGGCAACAGCACAAGUAGGCGAGAUACACUUCGUGAUUAUUCACAAACCAACAGUUUGUCUGUUACAGCCAAUCCUCUUUAUCCUUUCAUCACUAAACCGGAUGAUCUUGUCAGUUUACCUUUGACAAACCAUCAUGAACCAGUUUGGUGUCCAGUUCAGUCAGGAAUGAUCAGUAAUGGAACAAGUUCAUUCUACACUACUGUACCACCGUCUCGACACUUACAGCAUCCAUCCAAUGGGGACGUACUAAUAAAUCCUUCAGAUCAAACUUUUCCAAGUCACAUAAACAUUCCUGCAAGCCAAAAUAUUGUUGGUCAGGGUUUUCAGCAGUAUCCUUUUAUUCAAAAUCUUAUCCCAGUAGAUAGACAACAAAUACUUUGUGGAUCGAAUCCCCUCACCUGCUUGUCCACCCCAUUCUCAUCGUAUGCAGAUAGCUUAACAGCUGCACUCACUUUACAACAAUGGGUGGAGCAUAUGAGUAAACCGACAAAAAUCAAUGAUAAUGUUAUAAGACUAUACAAAGAAGUUUACAGAAAGUCAGACAUUAAAACAAAACUGAACCAGGACGAAAUAGUUAUGACUAAAAAUGAUCAACAGAAUUUAUGCAAUGAAACUAAUCGGCAUCAUAAAAGUCCACGAGAAAAUCUAAGUUCCAGUUUUGCUGAUAGUGGGGUGGACCUUCCAAGUACCAAUAAUCUAGAAUCAGACAUAUUGGAACAUACUUCCAACAGGAAUGAAAGUCCACAAGAAAUGAAUCGCCGAAGAACAAAUAUAGUACGACCCGUAGAAAAUAUCUCAUCGGGACCAUAAUUCACACUGCUUAGUUGGAACAGUCGAAAUUGGGAAUACGUCUUCUGGAACUAACUGUCUAUCUGCAUAUAACAAUUCAAAACAUACGAAUCGGUUUAUUUAAACAGCCAUUUUACCGCUGACCAAUGAAUCCAAGUUUAUAUACACAUAUUUUAUCUAGGCAAUUGAUCAUAUACAAUUAUUUUAUACAAUUUAAACCUCGAAGAGAGGAUCGUUCAAACAUAUAUUUAUAAGAAUAAGAAUACCGCAAGAAUACUUUCCUCUGAUGACCCUUAAAAAUUAUAUUUUCUAAAUUUGUUUUCAUCUUCUUCAUUAUAAUAAUUAUAUUGCUUCCAAGCAUGCGUUUCACUAGGGACUUUGUCAGCAAUGCCCAAGUUCAAGUACAUACAUUUUGCAAGGAAAAAAAUAGUAUUUACCAAUUUGAUAAAUGGUAUUGGUUAUCUAGCAAUACUACUCACUUACUACUCACUGGUGAAAUACAAGUUGUAUGGAGUUGUAAUAUAAAUCCAUGAAUAUAUUCCUAAUAGCAGCAUAGAAGAAUGCACAAUUCUGUGAUAUAAUCCUAAGUCAAGUACCGUUAUUU